GCCAGCGCGUAGAAGAGACUCGCGCGCUCCCGGCUGCUCACUGGCUUUGCGGCCGCGGCGGCUCCUCUGUGGGGUCGAGCCGGAGAAAGGGUCUCGGGCGGCUGCCUGGGCGGCCUGCGAACCGACGGACCGAAGGGUGGGCUGAGCGGCGGGCCCCGCGCCCGCUGUCUCCCCUCCGCCAGCGCCCGGCGGCGCUAUGGCCUCUUCCCCGGGCUCGGGCAGCGCCAACCCGCGGAAGUUCAGUGAGAAGAUCGCGCUGCACACGCAACGGCAGGCCGAGGAGACGCGGGCCUUCGAGCAGCUCAUGACCGACCUCACCCUGUCGCGGGUUCAGUUUCAGAAGCUUCAGCAGCUGCGCCUGACACAGUACCACGGCGGGUCCUUACCGAACGUGAGCCAGCUGCGGGGCAGCACGUCGGAGUUUCAGCCCUUCCACCAGGUGGACAGCAUACGCGGGACCCGCCACCACGGGCUGGUGGAGAGGGCCUCGAGGACCCGCUACCACCCCCUCCACCGGCGUCCAGCCGACAAGCCGGGACGACAAUUUGAUGGAAGUUCUUUUGGAGUCAGUUACCCCUCGCAGCCCCUGGAUGAGAGUUGGCCCAGGCAGCACCCUCCUUGGAAAGAAGAAAAGCAUCCUGGCUUCAGGCUGACGUCUGCACUUAACAGGACCAAUUCUGAUUCUGCUCUUCACACAAGUGCUCUGAGCACCAAGCCCCAGGACCCCUACGGAGGAGGGGCCCAGUCGGCCUGGCCAGCCCCGUACUCGGGUUUCUGUGACGGUGAGCAUGCCGGACGGGGGGAAGUGGUGCCUUUCCCGGGCCCGGGCCAGGGCCUGCUGAAAGAAGAGAACCUGCUGACCGUUCCCAAGCCGCUGCCCAAACAACUGUGGGAGACCAAGGAGCUUCAGUCCCUGUCCGGGCGCCCCCGAUCCUGUGAUGUUCCAGGUGGCAACGCUUUCCCACACAACAAUCAAAACAUGGGCCUCACACCCUUUCUGGGGACCCUGAACACCGGAGGGUCGCUGCCGGAUCUGACCAACCUCCACUACUCGGGGCCCCAGCCGGCCUCCCUGGACCCCGGCGACCACCUCUUCGGGGGCAUGAGCAUGGGGAACAGUGUGGGCAACCUUCCUGCUGCUAUGACUCACCUGGGCAUAAGACACCCUUCUGGUCUCCAGAGUUCCCGGAGUAACCCUUCCAUCCAGGCCACGCUCAAUAAGACAGCGCUUUCCUCUUCCAUGAACAGCCACCCACAGACAUCUGCUCCCAACACCUCUGCUCUGCAGCCUUCACUCCGUCUCUUUUCCCUCAGCAACCCGUCUCUUUCCACCACAAACCUGAGUGUCCCUGCUCGGCGCCGACAGCCGCCCGUCAGCCCUCUCACGCUUUCUCCUGGCCCAGAAGCACAUCAGGGUUUCGGCAGACAGCUCUCUUCGACCAGCCCACUGAACCCGUAUCCUGCCUCGCAGAUGGUGCCCUCCGAUCGAAGCCCACUUUCCUUCCUGCCGAUGGAAACGCAAACUCAAAGGCCCCCGCCGCCGCCUUACCCCUCGUCCCAGCAGCUCCCCCAGCCUCUCCUGCAGCAGCCCUGCAUCCAAGAGCCCCCUGCCCAGCAGCCGCAGGCAGCCUCAUCGCUGCCGCAGCCAGAUUUCCAGCUCCUCCCGGACCAGGGCUCCACUUUGACCAACUUCUUCCCAGAUGUGAGCUUUGACCAACAGUCCAUGAGACCAGGCCCUGCCUUUACUCAGCAGGUGCCCCUGGUACAGCCAGGUCCCCAAGAGCCACAGGAUUCAUUUCCUUUGCGACCAAACCUGUACUCCAACUGCGGGAAUUUCCCAAGCAAUGCCUUGACAGAAGACUCCAAUGCCAGCCUCUUCAAAGACCUCAGCGGUGCACUGGCGGCCAUGCCUGAGGUCAACCUGAGUGUGGACACUGACACUCCAUUUCCAUUGGAAGAAGAUCUCCAGAUUGAACCCCUGAGCCUGGACGGACUCAACAUGCUAAGCGACCCCAGCAUGGGCCUGCUUGACCCCAAUGUUGAAGAGACGUUUCGAGCUGACCGACUGUGAGCAGAAUAGAACAGAACAUUAGAACUUAUAUCUGAAACAGCUAAAAUAAAACAGAAUACAGUGGAGCCAAAUACACCCCUGGGCUUUUGUUGUCUUGGGCUUCUGACGCGGAAAGAACCGAUUCUCCUGCUCCUGGCUUUCUGCUGAGGUCCGUUCUCAUAUACUGUGGCCUAUUCCAGACGGCGGAGCGCUGCACUGCCUCUCCGGCCUGUGGCACCCGUUAGUGGCCAAAGGCGGGCUGACUCGGAGCUUCCAAAGGGGUGGUGAUCACAGUCACCAUCACAUCUUUUUGUUGGCUGUCUAGUUGGUCCGUGUGUGAAAGUAGCAAAGACCACCGACCGGAGGGCCCAGCAGCGCUGUGCGGCGUUCGGAACCACUGAUCUCACUAGACACUGAGGACGGGACCUGGCUGCUGUGGGCGGUGGUUGGGCCGCAGGCCUUCUGGAGUUGGCCCGGUGGGGAGCAACGGUACCACAGCACCGCGGGCCUUCUCCGAUCUCAUCGUCACUGCCGGGCACCUGCCGGCUCGUGGCGGGGGUUCAGGGAGGCCCGGAGAGCCACUGCGCCCUCACCCUCAGAUGCCUUAAUUCUAAUACGAAGAAUUUGCACCGUGAGUCCCAGAACAGACUGGAGUUAAGCUGGAUGGUAUUUUGUUUUCUUCCCAGUUGUAAUCUCUUUUCUGCUGCUUCAGUUCCCCUUUUCCUAUGGACAAGGGGAAAGGGAAGACUAUUUUAUUCAGUCACUGAAGAAAAGUCCCCUGCUAGUGGAUGAGCCUGAAGAGAAAGAACAGUGCUUCUUGCUGGCUGUGGAAGCAAGAUGGGGGCCAGAAGGCGUCUCGCAGACACGCCCUGGACUGCCCCAGACGUGCGCAGGCCUCCUCCCGGACAGACCCCCGGAGGGAACGGCUGCAGGUUUGACUCAGCCGUGAGCCACGCGGCAGCAGAGCGAAGCUCUUUCUCUGUGGGACGGGAGUGUUGACUCCUCUGGACCCUAAGCCCCCUGAGGGCAGGCAGGGACUGUGCCUUACUCAUCAUUGAAUGCCUACUACCAACAAGUGCCUGGCACUGAACAGGUGCUCUGUCACAGCAUGUCAAAUGCGUGAAUGAAUGUACUCGUGGAAGGACGUGUGAGAGAAUGCGUGGAGGGGUGCGUGAACGAGUGAAUCCGCCUGCUGUGAGGCAGUCUGAUCUUUAGCUCUCCCUGUUCCUCGCCAAAUCUUCUCGGAGCUGUAGCUUUUCAGACACUUGUGCCUGUGGUUAAGUCAAGCAUGCACUUUAAUAUGCUUUUAACACUAGGUGACCAAACCCACCGUUAGACGUUAGAUGCUAGACGUCCACCUGCCUGUCUCCCUUGGGCUGUGCUCCACAGCAGGUAGGUGCGAACUGUCUCCUGAGGGCGGUCAGCCCCGCUGAGUGAGCAGAGGCCUCCCAGAUGCCUCAGGGGUCCUGGCAGGCCCCACCUCAAAGUGCUUCCCUCUCAGAUCCAUAAUUUUGCUCUAAAUUGCUUUAAAAUAGACAUUCAUUCUUUGAAGUUGAAGAAAUUCUGUAGUAAAAUGAAGGCCUGAGUCGUGAAAUUAUCAUUGGUUAUUAAUAUCUUAGCUCAGAAUAGGAUUACCAUAUUUCCACCACUGCCUGCCCCCUCUAACUUAGGCUAGGCCAGUCCCUGACCAGAAGCCCAACAGGUGGAUUUCAGGGGGCCCAAGGGGGCGGGGCCUGCUGAACACCCCUGGGGAGGGGUCCGGGCAGAAUUCGGGCGUGGCAGACCAGGUAGGGAGGACAGGGCCACUGAAGGAGAGGUGAGACAUCCCGGAACCUUAGCCACUGCCCUUCCAGGAGAUACCAGGAGUGUCCCUCCCUGAAGGUUGCUAGGCUGCUCCCAGCCCAAAGCAGCAGGGCUGGGUCACGCAGGUCUGAACCGGACACCUGUGUGCCUUAUGGCAGGAAGAGCCUGUCACAGGGCCCUGGGCUGCUAACCUCUCCUGCUGGGUCCCAUUCCUCUUCCACCUGCAGGGGGCUUGCCUGCCCUCCUUCCGUUCUGACGGCCCCAGUGGAGUGCCGCUCCAUCUCAUUGCGGAACCCAAGUCUUCCCACUUCACGUCAGCCCCCAGUCCCCACUGUUGAGCCAGGAAAUCAAACCAGAGUCCUCCUUGCUGAGUGCCGGCCCAGGCAGGGCACAUUGGCCUCCCCCUCCCAGCUUUAUUCCAAUUGAACUUUCAUAUCCCUGUCUACUCAACACCUCAGAAGGGUGUGGGGAGCGACUCGGUUAAAGUAAAGGGCCUUUUCUUCUAACGGUACGCAGCACCCCAGUGUGCCAGAGGAAGCCAACUGCUUGCUGCCUUUCCCGUGUCCAAGGCCCCCGACAUCUGGUCUGGCCUUUCAGACAGGGAGCGGUGCUGAUGUUAGAAGAGGUUUUUUUUGAAGACUGGAGCUCCCGGCAUCAUUCAGAGUGCCUUACGCACAGGGUCACCGGGGCGGGUGUCCCAGCUCGCUCUGCCCGUGGGCAGCCCCACUUCACAGGCCUCCAGGAUGACCGUGCUGCUCGGGGCCUUUCUCCAGGCGGCUCCUGGCCUGGGGGAUCCCCGGAACAGUGACCCAUUUGGGGGAGUAUAAGAAUGACAGUGAGGUUUAGCACUGGAUUAAAUUUAUCCUUAGGUCCAUCCGUCCAAUCUUUUCCUGUGAAAAGGCCUUGGGCAUUGCACAACCCACUUCUCUUACCUGGUGUCCCGGGCAGGUCGCUGCCGUGACCGUUGGCGGUAAGUCUGCACUCACUGGUGCCUUUAAAAAACUGGGUGUGACCCUCAGCACCCAAAGUGGCUGCAUACUAAAUAUUUUGCAAUAUUUAGAGUUGUUACAAGAAAUCAAUGGCUAUCCUACUCAUUUACUAGCAGUUAAACAGCAUAGAACUAAAGCCUACCUGUGUUUCCAGUCUUUUCUUUCUGUACGGUUGUGGUUUUCAGAACUUAAGGUGUUAGGAGAAAUUUUCUUGAUCAUGUCAAGAUGAGCAUAAAUUCUCCUUUGUCCUGUUUCCUUUCUCCUAAGUCUGCUGUACAUUACGUGAGCUGAACAGUGUGUAUUCCAGUCUGUUUGCAUAUCUGAAGAUGUUUCCAGUUCUGACUCUCGCCAGCUCUUAGGAUUUUUGCACAGACGGUCCUGAGCAAGUUCGCAUUGCUUGUGACCGGACCGUCACAGCAACUAAUCAGCCAGUGUCCUAGUUAAACAGACCCCCUGUUAAACAAUAUUUAAAGAUUGGAAUUUGUAUAAAGUAGCUUCCAAGUUUUAUAAUGUAUCAUGUUACAUCUUUCGUAAUUAAAAGCACAAUGAGGUUGUAUCUGCA